GAGCAGGAGAUAUUGCUAUUACAUCUCAAACUGGCUACCAUCAUUGACAACCAGCUGUCCCCUUUGCUGCAGUUAAUCCCAUAACCGCCCUGUGAAGUGGGUAGUGCCAGCCUCUUUUGACAGACAGGGCAGCCAAGGCCCAAGUUACACUGAAAGUCUAGGGCAGAGUCAGAACUAGGAUCUUGGGGCUUCUUUCCCAGUAAAACUAUUCUUAGCUACAUCUCCAACCCCCCUGUCCUGGAAGCCACCUUAUUCCUCUGAAUGCAUAAGCAUCGCAAUCUUGCUUAUGCGGCCAGAGGAGGGUGAGUACUCUGGCCACAAAAGCAGGUGUAAGGAGAGGCACUUCCUUCUAGAGCAGCUUAGGGGCCAUUACAGCACCUUCUCGACAGGUGAAACUCUGUGGUGCCUUGGACACUGAAGUGCCACAGAGAUCUUAGCGUCAGCUCCUGCACCCCACCCUCCUCUAGCCAACCAGCCAUGUGUACUCACAGAUGCCGCCUCCUGGGCUCUGGGGACUUCUGUCCUUGGGUGAAUCCUGCUGCUCCACGUUCUUUUCAGGGUUCGGGUCCUCCAUGGUGUUGGGACCCUUCUAGUCAAGAGAGGAGCGUGCAUGAGUGAAGCUGUUCAUUUGUUACCAGCAGAGGGCACCCUAAGUCUAUGACCUUUGACAUCACCAGAGGCUCUCCUUGCCUGUCUUUGCCUCCCACGACAUACUCUCUCCUUGAACUCUAAUUGGUGGAGUUCUUGUUAAGAGAAGCUUCAAAUCUCCCAAAAGACUGGACUUCCCGGGUUUGGGACUCCCCUAGUCUUCUCACUGGUGUGACCUAUGACCUGCUGCAUCAAACUCACUGAAGUCAGCAUGGGAGCCUUUAUCUUUGACAGCAGCGUCAUCCCAGUCUCAGGUGUCUUGGGGCAGGUAGUGAUACCCACCCUUUAUCCCAGUUCUUCCCGGGAAACAUCCUCUGACAUCCUGUGAUUUUUGUUCCGCCCAGAGCCCCCGCCUCCCACGCGCGCUUGCAGCCACUAUCCCGCUACCCGCAAGCGCUGCCUACAGGUUCCUGCUCCCAGGCCUGUUUUCCUCCGUACAGCAGAGGGCUGCCUUUCACUGCGCCUGUCAGUCUCUCGCCACAGCGCCGCCACCCAGAGAGAAGUGGGAUAGGGCCCACUCAGUCUCAGGGUUCCCCGUGGUUUCCGCGCCCUUUCGCCACAUAAGUCUCUCGGAGUCGAGAGCCCGGAUUUGCCAUCCGGCAGUAGCACAGUUGCACCAGCCCGGUGCUGAAAAUAACCAGAGGGGUCCUUCUCUGCACUAGGGCGCGCUAUGAUGACGUUACAGCCCCCUGUGCGGUAGAUACCUAAGCUUUUUGCGCCUGAAUGAGUAGGCGCUCGUGGCGCGCAGGCGCGUUGACUCCCUCAUUGUUCUAGGUCCUGAGGCCGCGGAAGAGGGGCUUGCUCACUUUGGCCGUUCUGCGCAGGCGCUGCGAAGGUCUAGUUCUCUGCAGUCUCUCUUCGAAGACACACCCCCUUGGUUGAGGGAGUGACGUCAGGUUAAAGCCACCGGGACGCGUGCCGGCAUCUCUAAAUCACGGCGUUCUGGCCUCUUCGGCCUCCGUCUGCCGCGGCCCGGGGUCGAGUUCUCAGCGACUGACCCACCGCCACCGACUGCGCUCUCCCGUGGGUCGGCUCCGCUCGCCAUGCCUCCGCCGCAGGGUGACGUGACCGCCUUAUUCCUUGGGCCUCCGGGCUUGGGAAAGUCUGCGCUGAUCGCAGCGCUGUGCGACAAGGAUGUGGAGACACUCGAGGCCCCCGACGGACGGCCGGACUCCGGGGUCCCCAGCCUGAGAGCUGCGGGCCCAGGCCUUUUUCUGGGCGAGCUGAGCUGCCCACCCGCAGCGCCGGGGCCCUGGGCGGCGGAAGCCAACGUGCUGGUACUGGUGCUGCCCGGACCCGAGGGGAACGGCGAACCCUUGGCCCCAGCCCUGGGAGAGGCAGCCCGGGCCGCCCUGGCCCGAGGGACGCCUCUACUGGCCGUGCGGAACCUCCGUCCCGAGGAUUCACAGAAUGCCACCCAGGCCCGUGAUCAGACUGCAGCUCUGCUGAACAGCGCUGGGUUAGGAGCCGCGGAUCUGUUUGUGUUACCGGCGAACCGCGGCAGCUGCGACGGCUGUGAGGAGCUAGAGCGCCUCCGGGUGGCACUGCAGAGCCAGGCAGAAGCGCUGAGGAGGCUCCUGCCACCGGCCCAGGAUGGUUUCGAGGUGCUUGGUGCAGCAGAGCUGGAGGCUGUGCGCGAGGCCUUUGAGACCGGCGGCCUGGAGGCUGCGCUGUCGUGGGUACGCUCAGGCCUGGAGCGCCUGGGCAGUGCACGGCUAGACUUGGCCGUGGCCGGCAAGGCUGACGUGGGCCUUGUGCUGGACACACUGCUUGGAUUGGAUCCUGGCGACCCAGGUGCUGCGCCUGCUUCGGUGCCCACGGGACCCACUCCCUUCCCGGCCCCAGAGCGCCCGAAUGUGGUGCUCUGGACUGUGCCUCUGGACCCCGCGGGCACUGCCACCACCCCCACUGCCACCUCCCACCCUUCGCACUACGACGCCCUCAUCCUCGUCACUCCUAGGGCCCCCACUGAGAAGGACUGGGCCCAGGUCCAGGCCUUGGUGCUACCAGAUGCGCCUCUCGUCUGCGUGCGCACAGACGGUGAGGGUGACCAUCCGGAGUGUGUGGGAGAAGGCAAGACGGAGAAACCCAGCAGCCAGAGCUUAAAGAACGCAGGCGGAGGGGGAUUGGAGAAUGCACUCAGUAAGGGAAGGGAGAAAUAUAGCGCUGGAUCGCAGAAAGCAGGCAGUGGGGAAGGUUCUGGGAAAGCUCGCAGCGAGGGUUUGCAGCAGGUUGUUGGCAUGAAGAAAUCGGGCGGUGGGGACUCAGAGCGGGCCGCCGUGUUAAGCCCGGAGGACGAGACGUGGGAGGUGCUGGAGGAGGCACCGCCACCAGUGUUCCCCCUGCGACCUGGCGGACUCCCAGAGCUGUGCGAAUGGCUGCGGCGAGCGCUCCCCCCAGCCCAGGCAGGGGCGCUGCUGCUGGCGCUGCCACCAGCGUCUCCCAGCGCUGCCCGAACCAAGGCUGCGGCACUGCGGGCCGGGGCGUGGAGGCCAGCUCUGCUGGCCAGCCUGGCGGCGGCGGCAGCACCACUCCCAGGACUGGGCUGGGCAUGCGACGUAGCGCUUCUGCGGGGUCAGCUGGCCGAAUGGCGACGGGGCCUGGGGCUGGAACCCGCGGCGCUGGCUCGACGUGAGCGAGCUCUGGGCCUGGCUCCUGGGGAGCUGGCAGCGCGUGCUCAUUUCCCAGGCCCGGUGACGCGCGCUGAGGUGGAAGCAAGGCUGGGCGCGUGGGCAGGUGAGGGCACUGCUGGGGGCGCAGCACUGGGCGCGCUCUCCUUUCUGUGGCCUGCUGGUGGUGCAGCAGCGACAGGUGGCCUGGGCUACCGCGCGGCUCAUGGCGUCCUGCUGCAGGCGCUCGAUGAGAUGCGGGCUGAUGCCGAGGCGGUGCUGGCACCCCCUGAGUCUGCACAGUGAGGGGUGGGAUGGGGGCCGGGCUCUCCCAAGUUUCACCUCAAGGGGAGGGGGCUUGGGAAUCCAGAUUCUGGCAGGGGAUGUCUGGGCUUAAUUCUGGAUGCUUGAAGGGGAUGUGGACUCUGACUUCUAGCUGGGAUAUGUGACUUCUCAUCACCUGGAUUCAGAGAGCCUGGGGGACAGGAAUUCUGAUUUCUUUGGGAACCAUGGUGCAUGACAUCCAGACCCUUCAGUCCUGAAGGGAGUUGGUGGCCGGGACUCUGGAAGGGACUAUGCCUUUGUCUCCUAGGGAGUAGAAACUGGAGUUACUGGAUGUUUAAUCCUCCAGUGGAGGAGGGUAGAAGUCCUGUUUCCUAACUGAUGGGGAGGUGUCCAUGACUGGGACCUGAACUCCAGUAUAGGGGUGGGAGACCUGAGCGCCCCAGGGAGCUGAAACUCGUGGGCUUCAGAGCCUCAGGGAAACAGGGUCUACAUUUCUCUUGGAGAAAAAGCUUGCACACAGGUCCCCAAGGAAUAGUGGGCUUUGAAUCUUUAUGGGGUUGAGGAGGCCUCUGGGGUCUCAGCCUCCUGGGUUCCAAGAUGGCUGGGAAACUUGGUUCCUAAUUCUUGAGUUGGGCGAGGGCUGCAUCUGGAGGAGGGCUUGUGAGAGAAAGCUGGAGACCUUUUGAUCACUCCCGGGGAGUAGAUGGGUUUCUACUAACUGCCCUCCAAAAGUCUGUUUGUGGAGACGGUGGUCCCACAAAAAUGAGGUGAGGUGGCUAAGCAGUCUGGGCAUGGUGGGCUCUGAGAGUAGCUGGGGACCAGGAAUGAGGCCUUCUGGGUGUGGAAGGGCAGGAAAGCAUACCUCAGAGAUAGCUCCUGCAAACCUUGUGUUGGGAUCCCGGCAACUGCCUUUGUGAGUGUGACUGGGAAGGGAUAUAACUGCCUUCACUUUCUAGGUGCUGAGCAAUUCAGAUGAUCUCUGGGGAGUCUGUUCCUCUGUCUCUUUUCUUUAGGGAUUUCUAUUUGUUUUUGGCCUCAGUUUCUCCUGUCAUUUAACCAUAACCCUUUCUGGCCUUAGUGUUCUGUGCACCUUCCUUUUUGGAAGAGCCGCUGUGCUGCUGCACUGGUCCAAACCCUUCUGUGUGGCUCCCUCGGGUAUCUCCAAGAGGCUCUGCUUUCUGGUGUACGUAGAGGGUGCUGCAUUGAGCCAGGGGCCCACCAAAUGGGUGGGCAGGCAUUCGAGACCAUGGGAAUAUGCCAGGAGUGAGUGAAGCAAAGGCAGAAACCACAGUGCCUGGAAUGUUCUAGGCUGCUAGCUACAUGUAGGGGGAAAGCUGCAGGUUACAGAAUUCUUCAGCGUCAGAAACAGAAAAGGAGGAUCUGAAAAUCCAAACGAAGUCCAGAGGGCAGGCUUGAGGCCCAACAGCACACAGUGAGGCCCUGCAGGUCUGGCCCUUGCCUGUUCUCAUUCCCUGCCCCUUCCCACUCCCAUCCAGCCUGAUAAGCUUUCUUUUUUUUUUUUUUUGAGAUGGAGUUUUGCUCUGUUGCCCAGGCUGAAAUGCAGGGA